GUUCAGGAUUAGAUACCACCCACCCUGGCUUGUAACCUCCCCUUUCUUUCUUAUCCUGGGUGAACAAUGCUCAGCUAAAGUGACUGCCCCACUGUCACUGCCUCUCAGUUUGGUACUCUGUAACCCUGUGACCACCAAGAAGUCUUUUUUCACCCCACCCCCCCAAGCUCUUUUUGGAAAAUUCCCUACAGGAGCUGCAUUUUAAGCCUAUUUAUUUCAUAGGAAGAAACAGAAAGGCAGCAUGUCAGCUGAAACACCAGUCACUCUGAAUAUUGAUCCUCAGGAUCUGCAGGUCCAAACAUUCACCGUAGAGAAGCUGCUGGAGCCUCUUAUAAUCCAGGUUACCACACUUGUAAACUGUCCCCAGAACCCUUCCAACAGGAAAAAAGGACGUUCGAAAAGAGCCAGUGUUCUUCUAGCUUCUGUGGAGGAAGCAACUUGGAAUUUAUUAAACAAGGGAGAGAAGAUUGCCCAGGAAGCGACAGUUCUAAAGGAUGAGCUUACUGCUUCACUUGAGGAAGUUCGCAAAGAAAGUGAAGCUCUGAAAGUAUCAGCUGAGAGAUUCACAGAUGACCCCUGUUUUCUCCCAAAAAGGGAGGCUGUGGUUCAAGCCGCCCGUGCCUUGCUGGCUGCAGUGACAAGACUCCUUAUUCUUGCGGACAUGAUUGAUGUCAUGUGCCUCUUGCAGCACGUGUCAGCUUUUCAAAGGACAUUUGAGUCUCUCAAAAAUGUUGCCAACAAAUCUGACCUCCAGAAAACCUACCAGAAGCUUGGGAAGGAGUUGGAAAAUUUGGAUUAUUUAGCCUUCAAACGUCAGCAGGACUUAAAAUCUCCAAACCAGAGGGAUGAAAUUGCAGGAGCUCGAGCCUCAUUGAAGGAGAACUCUCCCCUCUUGCAUUCAAUUUGUUCAGCUUGUUUGGAGAAUUCUGAUGUUGCUUCCCUCAAAGCAAGCAAGGACACAGUUUGUGAAGAAAUUCAGAAUGCUCUCAAUGUAAUUUCAAAUGCUUCACAAGGCAUCCAGAAUAUGACAGCCCUACCAGAACCUCAGGCAGCAACCCUGGGAAGUGCUCUUGAUGAGCUGGAGAGUUUAAUUGUCCUGAAUCCACUCACAGUGACUGAGGAGGAAAUAAGACCAUCACUAGAGAAACGGCUUGAAGCCAUUAUCAGUGGGGCUGCUCUGCUGGCAGACUCUUCAUGCACGAGGGACUUCCACCGGGAGCGGAUUAUCGCUGAAUGCAAUGCCAUUCGCCAGGCUCUUCAGGAUCUGCUUUCGGAGUACAUGAACAAUACUGGAAAAAAAGAAAGGAGUAAUACCCUGAAUGCUGCUUUAGACAACAUGUGUAAGAAGACAAGGGACCUUCGCAGACAGCUCCGCAAGGCUAUUAUAGAUCAUGUGUCAGACUCUUUCUUGGAUACGACAGUCCCACUUUUGGUUCUCAUUGAAGCUGCCAAGAAUGGCCGGGAAAAGGAAAUAAAAGAAUAUGCUGCGAUAUUUCAUGAACACACCAGCAGGCUUGUAGAGGUGGCAAAUCUUGCUUGUUCCAUGUCGACAAAUGAAGAUGGAAUUAAAAUUGUCAAAAUUGCAGCCAGUCAUUUGGAAACCUUAUGUCCACAGAUUAUUAAUGCUGCACUUGCUUUGGCUGCAAGACCUAAAAGUCAAGUGGUCAAAAACACCAUGGAAAUGUACAAACGUACAUGGGAGAAUCAUAUACAUGUCCUCACUGAAGCUGUAGAUGACAUUACAAGCAUCGAUGACUUCCUUGCUGUGUCUGAAAGCCAUAUCCUGGAAGAUGUCAACAAGUGUAUCAUAGCCUUAAGAGACCAGGAUGCUGAUAAUUUAGACCGUGCUGCGGGUGCUAUCAGAGGCCGGGCAGCAAGAGUUGCUCACAUCGUCACGGGUGAAAUGGACAGUUACGAGCCCGGGGCUUACACUGAAGGUGUAAUGAGAAAUGUGAACUUCCUUACAAGUACUGUAAUUCCUGAAUUUGUUACGCAAGUGAAUGUUGCCUUGGAAGCCUUAAGCAAGAACUCGUUGAAUGUGUUGGAUGAUAAUCAAUUUGUGGACAUCUCAAAGAAAAUCUAUGAUACGAUUCAUGAUAUCAGAUGUUCAGUCAUGAUGAUUCGGACCCCAGAGGAACUGGAGGAUGUUUCUGACCUUGAAGAGGAUCAUGAGGUUCGCAGUCACACCAGUAUUCAGACAGAGGGGAAAACUGACAGGGCUAAAAUGACUCAACUGCCUGAGGCAGAAAAGGAAAAGAUUGCUGAGCAAGUUGCUGAUUUCAAGAAAGUAAAGAGUAAGCUGGACGCUGAGAUUGAGAUAUGGGAUGAUACAAGCAACGACAUCAUUGUUCUGGCCAAGAACAUGUGUAUGAUCAUGAUGGAGAUGACAGACUUCACCAGGGGCAAAGGACCACUAAAGCAUACAACUGAUGUGAUCUAUGCAGCAAAAAUGAUAUCAGAAUCAGGAUCAAGGAUGGAUGUCCUUGCUCGGCAGAUUGCUAAUCAGUGCCCAGAUCCAUCUUGCAAACAGGACCUGUUGGCCUACCUGGAACAGAUUAAGUUCUACUCCCACCAGCUGAAAAUCUGCAGUCAAGUUAAAGCUGAGAUCCAGAACCUGGGAGGAGAGCUCAUCAUGUCAGCUUUGGACAGUGUCACCUCCCUGAUCCAAGCAGCUAAAAAUUUAAUGAAUGCUGUGGUGCAAACAGUGAAAAUGUCUUACAUUGCCUCAACGAAGAUCAUCCGAAUCCAGAGUCCUGCCGGGCCCCGGCACCCAGUUGUGAUGUGGAGAAUGAAGGCUCCUGCAAAAAAACCCUUGAUUAAAAGAGAGAAGCCAGAGGAAACAUGUGCAGCUGUCAGACGAGGCUCAGCAAAGAAAAAAAUCCAUCCAGUGCAAGUCAUGAGUGAAUUUAGAGGAAGACAAGUCUACUGAAACCAAUAUUCUACAUAUAGUGCCUAUAUGACAAAAUCCUGGCUAACCACACUGCUUUAUUUUACACUUGAUAAGUUCUGUAAUUUCACUAAAUUUUGCUGUUUAACUCACAAAUAACAUAAAAUGUUGGGAGCUAAAUCAACAUAAGCAAUAUAUAUUUGGGAUCAUGUCAUUGUCAUUUCUGUAUGGUUACCACCUAAUAAUGAAUAUUUCCUUGUUGAAUGAAAUUAUCACAUAUCAUUCAGCUUUUCCUAUCAUAGAGAUUAUCUACUAUUCAUUACCAAAUAAACACAGGAGAUGCAAGAGAGUCCUGUUUAUCUGUAAUACUUCAAGUACAUUUACCAUUUACAUUUUGAAUUAAAACACUAACAUGAGCUCCUGACUUGGUUUUUUAAUAGAAGCAAAAGACUUUUAUGAAAUAUUUUCCCAUUUAAUCAUCUCCAUACUUUCUUUACCUGAUCUAACCUGGCACCUAACCUGGCAGAUAUGUAUGAUUCCUUCAUAAAUUUCUUCCAUGAAUCAUACAGAAUCUGUUUUUUUGUUUUUU